CAGAUGCAAAGUGAGUGGGUGUCUCUCUGAGAAGCAGAAAGAGAGAAAGAGAGAAUGAAAGAGAGGUGUUUCCCUCAGCUAUGGAAACUCUAUAAAGAGAAAGCCGGCUUCCCUCCUCUCGAACAGUCCGAAACAAGAGUCCCCUCUUUGCCAGCUGGGCCUCCGCAGGGCUGAGAAGAAGGAGAGUCGUCGGUCCGGGGCCAGCCCGGGUCACCGGCCACCAUGCAGCAGCCCUGGGAUUACCCAUGUCCCCCGAUCUACUGGGUGGACAGUGGAACCAGCAGCCGCUGGGUGUCUCCAGGCCCAGUCCUCCCCAGUGCACCGUCUGUGCCAGGGAGGCCGGGGCAAAGGAGGCCACCGCCACCCCCGCCGGCCCUGCCCCCACUGCCCCCACUGCCCCCACCGCCUCUGGAAAAGCGGAGGGACCGCAGCACAGGCCUGUGCCUCCUUGUGCUGUUUUUCAUGGUUCUGGUAACCCUCGUGGGACUGGGGCUCGGGAUGUUUCAGCUUUUCCACCUGCAGAAGGAAUUGGCCGAACUCAGAGAGGCCACCAGCCAAAGGCAUGUAGCAUCAUCUUUGGAGAAGCAAAUAGGUCCCUCCAAUCCAUCCUCUGAAAACAGGGAGCUGAGGAAAGUGGCCCAUUUAACAGGCAAGCCCAACACAAGAUCCAUACCUCUGGAAUGGGAAGACACGUAUGGAAUCACCCUGGUCUCUGGAGUGAAGUAUAAGAAGGGCAGCCUUGUGAUCAAUGACACGGGGCUGUACUUUGUGUAUUCCAAAGUGUACUUCCGGGGUCAGUCCUGCAACAACUGGCCCCUGAACCACAAGGUCUUUAUGAGGAACUCUAAGUAUCCCCAGGACCUGGUGCUGAUGGAGGGGAAGAUGAUGAAUUACUGCACUACUGGCCAGAUGUGGGCCCGCAGCAGCUACUUGGGGGCAGUGUUCAAUCUCACCAGUGCUGACCACUUAUAUGUCAAUGUCUCUGAGCUCUCUCUGGUCAAUUUUGAGGAAUCUAAGACAUUUUUCGGCUUAUAUAAGCUCUAAGAAAAGCACUUUGGGAUCCUCUCCAUUAUGGCUCCUUAUUUCAGGUGCUGGAAAUGUUGUCUGGAAUGAGGAUUUUCUCCUUCUCGUUGACAUGAGGUCCAGAGAGAAGACAUGAACCAAGAGGAGCUUGAGACCUUAGGGUCCAGCAGGUCUACAGCUCCUCACCUCACCUAGGUCCACGAGCCAGAUGGGAAGACAGUUUGGCUAAAGGACACAAAACGCUGGGCUGCCGUGUGAAGAGGCAGAGGCAGGGAAAAGCAGCUACCAGGGUGUUCGAUAUUCAUCUCAAUUGGCCAAUAGCAUUUUGGUACCUUGAAAAGGACACCUGUUAACUCACUGUUUGUGGUGGGUCUACUGUCUACCUCAGGGGAGGCUUUCAGAUAUAUGGAUAUGACAUGAGUGUAGAAGGGAUGGAAAAAGAGGAUGAAGCUUGCAUGAUAAGCUAAACAGACUGAAAGUCCAGUGUUCCUUUGGCAGCUUUUUAACUUCUAAAUGCAUCGCCUGAGCCACCAGGUAAUGCUAACAGGGAGGCAAGGAGGAUCUUUGAGUGACUCAGUCCAUUCCCUGCACAGCAUGUACAUUUCCAGUGCAAUUGUAGGUGUGCGCAGGUGUGUGUGUGUGUGUGUGUGUGUGUGUGUGUGUGUGUGUGUGUGUGAGACCAGAAGAGUUACACAUGGACAGAGAAUGUGGGGAUUGUGAAGGACAGGUUAGGAAAAUAUGGAUUGCAUUUGGUGGUAGAUUUUGAAUGCUUCGUAGCAACCAACUCUAAUAGUCCUCACAACUCAUUGAUUGUCAGCUAUUGAUGCUGUUUUCCUAUAAUAGAACCAAUAUUUAUAUACAUUUUGUGCAUCUUUUAUGAAAAGAAUAAUAAAAAAUAUUUUAGA